AUGGAGGAUAAAAAUUUACUCUCGCAAGGACGUGUUGCAAGUGUAUCCCAUAAGAGGGAAAGAAGUGAAGGAAGUAUGGACAUGAGUGACAAUGAGCAUGGAUGCGAGCGGAAGGAGAAGAGGAAGAGGAACGAAGAGGGAACCGAAGCAAGAAAUCACGACAUUGAACCCCGAAUUUCUGUUGGCAGACGUCAGAUUUGUAUGGGUGAAGAGGCACGGGUCCACCAGAGGCGUGGAGCGGAGUCAGCUCGUUGCCCUCGUGUAACUGCAAGUGCCAGAGAAGACCUCACAGACAACUGGCUCCCGUACCGCCGAUUGUUCAGGGACUCGAGUCAAAAACAUGGACGAUAUCACAGCGACGACGACUCCCGCAGCGACCACAGCGACAUAUCUGGGUCAGCCACGGAGGCGUCGUCCCUCGUGGCCGUUCGCGCCGGAUGCUGCAGCUUCAACCCCGUCAGCGAGCGUGGCAAGAAAUGGCAUCAGGUGCAGAUGAUCAUCUUGCCCUUCAUCCCCAUCGCGGCGCUCAUUCUCCAAAACUGCUGGUUCAUGGCCCGCGUUUCGUCGCACCAGACGGAGAUGCUGCGGCUCGGGAAGCAGGUCGACGGCACAGUGGAGUUGGGACAGCUGCUGUCGGCGCUGCAGACGGAGCGAGCCGAGGUAGCCUACUACGUGUUCUCCAACGGGUCCAAGCUAAGAAAUGAGUACGUGAGCAGCCCAGGACAGCAUACCCUCAAUGUUACGGGUGAUCGAGCAAGCGAGGGAGCGCAGAAAGAAUGGGCCUUAGCGAGGUUAAUCAACACACUCCCGUCGAGAAGAGACAGCUUAUCGGAAACGUUUCGGAGGACCGACAUAGCCCUUGAGAGCGUUCACGUGUGGCCCAAUUUCACAUCUCUGGUUACAAAAGACAACUUGGCUUCUAAGUUACGAUUCCAGAUUAAGCUCGAGGACUUGAGAACCUAUGUCUCGAAUGACAGGCGAGGGAUCAGCACGGACAUGGAAGGUAGCGAAGACGACAUAGCGGAGCGGAUGAACUGGUACAACCAAAUCACGUCCUUUAUCAUGGAAGCCGUCAUUAGGAACAUUAAGGAUGUGAACGUCUCAAACGUGUGGAAGCUCCUGCUCGCCUACAAGGACAUGAUCCGCUCCGUGGAAUACUUCGGCAUCGUUAUGGUGGAAGGUCUUUACUUCUUCGGCAAAGGGAGCCUCAACCAACCGAGAUUCAUCAAUUACAUCACUUACGACGUCCUCGCAUGGAAGUCUUUGAACCAGACAAAGGAUUUCGUCCAGUACAUCGAGGAGAAGGUGGAGCUGUUCGAGAGCGAAUACGUGGAAUACAGAAACAUAACGGAGUGGCGAGAUCUGAUUAGAAGCAACGUGGAACAAGCAACGAACCUGGCUGUUGCAGACGACUAUUUCUACGCAAUGAAACGGUUUACUGAAGAGCUGACAAGUCUGCAGUGGUAUCUGUUAGGCGUGAUCAGGGAAUACAUGGUCGAUGAGACGGCCUACGCGGACACGCAAGUAACGCUGUCAAUCAUUGUGCUUGUCAUUGUCUUCAUUAUCUCGCCGAUCAUAAUUUUCCUCGUCCGACACGCCACCUACACGAUCCAGAUUUUCGCCUCGACUUUGACCGUCAAGGGAAUGGAGCUGAAGCGAGAGAAGCGGAGAUGCGACCGACUGAUCCACCAGAUGCUACCCAAAGCCGUGGCGAUGCAGCUCAAGAAGAAAAAAAUGGUGCCAGCCGAAAGUUUCAGGGAAGUCUCUGUGUACUUCAGUGACAUCGUCGGCUUCACGAAUAUCUGUUCUGAGUCGGAACCUAUUCAAGUGAUCUCUCUUCUGAACUCUCUGUACAACAUGUUCGAUUCUCGCAUUGAGAAGUAUGACGUGUACAAAGUGGAAACGAUCGGGGAUGCAUACAUGGUGGUAUCCGGUAUUCCGCAUCCUAAUGGUUCCCGCCACGCUGCCGAGCUAGCCAACAUGGCGCUCGACCUGCUCGAGGGCGCGAGCUCCUUCGUCAUCCCGCACCGCCCCGACAGGCCGCUCGAAAUCCGCGCUGGAAUAAACUCCGGGCCGUGCGUGGCAGGAGUGGUUGGGACUAAGAUGCCACGUUACUGUCUCUUUGGGGACACUGUGAACGUAGCGAGUAGGAUGGAGAGCACAGGUGAAGCCAUGGAGAUCCACAUCAGCCAGACGACGAAGCAGAUUCUAGAACAGAUGGAUGGCUAUGCGUUCGAGUUCCGAGGCUACAUGGAGGUGAAGGGUAAAGGUUCCAUGCCGACCUUCUGGCUCCGCAAAGGUCCUCCCACUGGCCCGAAGACCAUCACGCUGCCGCAGUGAGGACCUUUCGAGGAAGAGGGACGGAGGCCAGCGCUCGACGGAUCCCGAAAGGGUGAAGCUGCGGAUCGAAGUCGAGUAUUUGUUUCUUCUCGGCCCUACUGACUGCCUCGCGCGUUGAGUGGAGGGGCGGCGGGUUCUAUGGCAGGAUCCUUCCA